UCCAGUAGCACUUUCACUAUUGUAACAGGAAUUUGAAACAAUUUAUUUAAUUUAACAAUUAUUCUGUUUUAAUUAAUGGUUAAUAUGGUUAUCGAUAAAACCUAAGUAAAAUUUUAUUUUAAUUUGAUUCAAGCAAUCUGCAGUAAUUAGGAUCCUUUUUGAAAGUUUAAUUUUUUUUUCUGGGUCUAUUUUCGAACAUUUUUGAGCAUCUCGCAUUGCUUUUGGUUAAAUUGGGUUAGUGAUAUUCGUGUACUUAUUUGCUGAAUUUAUUAUAAAUGAAGAAUCGGGUAUUAUGUGACAGUGAAGUUCCGUUUAGGGAGCACCUUAAUAAAAAGUUAUAAAGUGUUCCGAGUUCAUAGGAUAUUGUACUCCAUUUUGGACACUUUCGCGGGGGCCACUUGAACUCGUGCGUAUUCAGUUCAGAAGGAUAGAUAGGAAAAGAAUAGUUUGUAAUAAGUCAGUCCCCUUUCUUGACUUCAAUGUAAUCUUAGUUCCACCGCACAAGAAUUGAAUGCCAAACAGAUGUCCCCGAAAUGUCAUAUAACUCAAGGAAGCAAGGACUACUAAGUUUCCCAAAAUUUAUGAUGACAAUGGUCGGAUUUUGGCCGAAAGAAUUGAUUGAAAAUGAGAUGUUGCGAAAAUUCUAUCAUUUCUAUUCGAUUUUUAUUAAAAGCCUUUAUGCACUGGUUUUAACUUCAAUGGCUAUUAAAAACUUUAUUCUUCUGACCAAUUCAGAGAGCAUGAGAGACAUUUCCAGCAAAGUGCUAAUGAAUUUGGCUUGUUUAGUGACCUGGAUCAUUAUACAGCUGAGAGUGAUAUUUUAUUCCACUACUAAAAUGAGGAAGAUCAUUAGUUACAUCUUGGAAGCAGAACAACAUUUAUUGCAAUUAGAUGACGCAAAUUAUCUAAGCUGCUAUUGGCAAGAAAGUCGAUAUUGUAGCAAAGCAAAUGUCACUCUUUGUGCUUGUGCGACGACUUUGUAUUUGGCUUCAUUUUACGAUAACACUGUACAAAGCAUCUUAAUAGAGCAGUACAACAGGAAAAAUAACGCGACUUUACAAAAGCCCUUUAUUUAUGAUUUGUAUUACUGGAAAAUGAACGUGGAUAAGUACCAACUGUUCGCCUUAAUAGUAAAUGAUUUCUCUGCUAUAGUGGCGGUUAUUAUGGGUCUUUCGGCCGAAGCUUUGAUAUUGGGUUGUAUCAGUUUUGUGAUAAUUAUGAUCAAGAUUCUACAAGUUAAAAUCAAAAACUUUGUGUAUCCAAGUAAUGAUACAAAAUGGACCAUAAAAAAAAUUGUCGAAGAACACUAUAACUGUAUCAGACUUGUGAAGAACCUAAAUGACGUACUCAAAAUUCCCUUGCUGGUUGAAUACAUACUCCUUUCCUUCAAUAUGGCUAUAAUACUAAUGCUAUAUAUAAGGGCUGAACGUUUUGCAGAACGCGGCACAACAGCCGGCUAUUGUGUAGGUUUGACUAUCUACGUGUUCUUCUUGGGAUGGAGCGCUAGUGGAAUUAAAAUGGAGAGUCUAGCACUUUCAGAUGCAAUAUACGAAAGUCCAUGGUUUGAAAAAAAUUCGGAAAUCGCAAAAAUAAUGACUAUAAUGAUAAUGAGAACGCAGAAACCACUCAUACUCACUAUUGGUUCUUUUGGCGAAAUGACACUCAACUCAUUUUUAACGAUAAUGAAAGCGACUUAUUCUUAUGCCACUCUUAUGAUGCAAUAGGAACAAUAGGCACAAUUAGCGAUGUUUAGUAGCAGACCAGUGAUCUUACAAUACAAUUUUACCCAACAAAUCUUGAAAUGGUUGAUAGUGUUUAGAUUGGUUAUUGUUGCAUAGUUAAGUCAUCUGAUUAUAGACGACUCGUUUUUCGGAUGCAAUGUAAACCACGAAAUAAAUAGAUAUGUAAUUGCUUUACUUUUGAAUGACUUGUCAACAAUAACUUAUCUUAUCUUAACUUAAAAACAAUUCAGUUGGCUAUAACUUUUUUGUUUUUAGAGAUAUCAAGGUAAACAAAAAAAAGUAGGGUUAGAAGCCAACUUUUUUCCAAAAAAGUGACGUAUAAAACAAAACACUAUCAAUUUUGUGACAUAUAAACCUACUUCAUAUUUUUUUAAGUGGAACACCCUGUAUAUUAUAUAUGUGUUUAAUAGAAUAUCUUAUUCCGAUUACAAUGAUGUACCACACCUAUUAUUUUGGUACACUCGAUUUUGACAAAUCUUCAAAAAUAGGAAUUUUUUAUAUAAUCUCAAGGAGUGCACUGACAAAUAAAAAUAUGUUUAUGUUUGACAUAUUAAUAAACAAGGUUGAUGGUGGAAUUAUUGUCCAAGUCAUAAUUGUUAAAGUGGUUUUUCGCGAAUUUAGCAUGCGUGAAAGGAGUGAUAUCCUUCAAGUAUACUUUCUGAAUAAUAAAAGUGCAACCACAGCUCAUCGUGAGUAUAUUACGCUUUCUACAGAACGCCGAGCUCCUUCAAAACAUAUAUCAGAUAUUUCCAAGUUUGGCAAAGAAAUUUGCAGAAAACGAUAACGUAUUAAAUGCUAAAAAGGUAUUAGGGAAUCAUAAUGUUUUAAAUGAAGAACAUAAGGCAAACAUAUCAGGAUUCUAUGAAGCCCAUCCAGUUUCUUCAAUUACUAGAGUAUAAGAGACAGGUAUUUCUCGGGGAUCUAUCCACGCAGUUUUAAAAGAAUAUACAUAUUUUAUAGAAUGAUAAAAGUUCGUUCACUACGAGAAAGGGUUGUAACAGUCAAAAUACGCGAUAUUGGUCUAUAGAUAAUCCUAGACAAAUACGCGAAACAAAAACCCAGGAGUUCCAAUCAAUUAAUGUAUGGCGUGGUGUCAUAGAUGAGGAUAUUUUGGGUACGAUAGUUAUAGAUCAAAAGUUAACUGGAGAUAAUUAUUUGCAACUCUUUGAGCACCAAAUAGAAUAAUAUUUAGAAGAUUUAUCCCUAGAUAUAUUAGCGCUGAUUAUACGGCAGUAAGACGGUGCCCCUCCUCACAUUGUUGUGCAAGUUACAAAAAAAUGAACAUUGAAUAUCCCAGAGGUUGAUAUUAUAUAAAAAUUUUCUAUUUUUGCCAAUUUGUCAAAAAUGAAUGGACUAAAAUAUAAAAUGUGUUAAUCGUUGUAAUCGGAAUAAGAUAUCCUAUUAAACACAUUUAUAAUAUACAGGAUGUUAACUUUUAAAAAUUAUGAUGUAGGCUUAUAUGACAGAAAAUUGAUAGUGUUUUGUUUUAUACGUCACUUGGAAAAAAACUAACCAAAGCUUACCCUACAUUUUGUUUUUUUUUGAUUACCUUGAUAUCUCUAAUUAAACUGUUAUCAAGAUAAACUAAACGCACGGUACAAAAUGUGCCUCGUGGAUGAGAGUGCAGCGGUGAGAGGUAUCUCAAAAUAGAGGUUUCACAUCCUGAAAGUGAAAGUCCUAAAAAACCUAAUAUGCGCGCUUAACCUCUUCAUUUUCCUCACCAAGAGCUCGUAUCUGAAAUCGCCAUGUUCUGCAAAAAAGGUGCGAGAUUAAAUAACCUGGCUAACAUAUUGAUAUUGAUUCAUAUUUUUAUCUUUAGUUCGUAAUACUUUCCUGGAUCGGAAACCCGUUAAUUAUGAUGCAUUAAUCUAGGACUACCCAUUCUUCUGAAUCAUUCGAACAACAUAUCAUGAAAAUUAAUGAUCUCUAUGCUUAUUCUUAAAUGUUCGAAGUUACUCGAGAACUGGUUCGUAUAAAUAAAUUUCACAUAAUUUCGGCUAGCCGCUACCUAGUGGUCCGGAGUAGUGAUAAUUAAUUAAAUAUGGCGCAACACUUGUGUGUCUAUGCAGGUUUAUGCAAAUCCGAAAAACUUAAGCUUAAACUUAGGAAUGCUAUAAUAUAUUUUUAUUUUUUAACUUAAAUAGCCGUUAAAAGACACACUUUCUGCACACACAAGGAACGAAUUAAAACAAUUACUAUUGCAAAAUUAAAUUAUUCGUAUAUUGUAUUGAAACUAACUGAAUAAAGUCAAAUAAGCUAGUAAUAAGAAAAGCCUUAUGAAGUGCAAGUAGCUAAUUAGUUUUUUUAUCUUGCUAUGCAUUGCUCUGGGUUUAUGUAAAAAUGAUAAGCGUUAUGAAAAAAUUGCAGAAAGCAAAAGUUUCUACAUAAAAUAUAAAAUAUUUUUUUUACAAAAAAUACAAAAAUAUACAGAAAGUGUGUUUGUGCAAUAACAAUACUUCCAUAAUAUUUGAUUGUUCUAUCCAUUUUCCUUUAUAAGAUAAAUAAAUAAAUAUUAUUUUGGUUAAAUUUCAUUAAUUUUUAAUUAAUUUUUUAAUUUUGGGCUAACGUUUAUAUAACAAAUUACAAUUUAUUUUAAACAAGGAAUAAUUCCUUGAGUUUUCGUAUUUGUUGGGAAAGAUAUUUUUACGAUUAAAAGAAAUUAAGUGCCUUGAAAAUAGGACUUCCAAAACGUGUAUCCAGAGAAUACACUGUCAUUUGUUGAUUUUCCGUAUAACAUAUUUGAGAUUGUCGUUUAUACACUGCUUCAAAGUAGAUCCAAAGCGAUCCUUCCUUGAAAUUGAUAAUAAUUUAGAUGUUUUAUAUGGUAGCUAUAAAGUUAUUUAAAAAUUUACUGAUGUUUCUGGAUUAACCCUGUAUCGUCGAAUUUGAAAUCCCCAAUGCAACGUUUUUAAAAAUCGGGGUUAUAAAGAAAUCACAGAUAACCCGCUAAACCAGCGCAUCCACCGAAGUACAACAUUUGAGUUUUAUUCUUCUAAUAAAAAUCAAAACAUUUCAGAAUUUAAUUUCAAACUCGCUACCUUAGAGGAAAUUACGUCAGCUCUUUUUUCUAUAGAAUCAAAUGGUAUUUGUACUGACAAAAUUAGUAUUCAGAUGCUCCUCCGCUGUUGUCCUACAAUUAUACCAGUAGUAACAUUUACACUCCAGUCCGAGCAGUUACGUCACGUACAAAUGACGUAAUCAAAAAUUAUCCGUAUGUCUUAGCUACAUUUCUACAUGCGGAUUUCAAGACUGACAAACAAAAUGCCUGUAUCAAUUUGCGACAUCCAGUAAUGAAGACGUAACUGCACAAUUGCUCUGACUGGACUAAAAAAACUGGAGUGAAUUUUUAAAGUGAGACUUCCGCUUUUCCUGAGUGUUGGAAGAGGUUAUAUUUUAUUCCAGUAAUAUAAACUAGUCCACCAGGGGAACUGAAGGAUCUGCGCCCCACUGGCAUUUUGCCUGAAUUAUUUUAAAUUUUCUAGCGUGUACUGAAAAACAACUGAAACAGGAGGUUGGGGUGGACGACGAUUUAAGAAAGCAAUUAGACUAACUAGAAAAGGACAUAAACAUUAUGACAGAGAUCUCCGAGAUGUCAUAUAAGUCAAGGAAUUAAGGAUUAUUAAGUUUCCCAAAAUUGAUUUAGGCCGGAUUGAAAAUGAGAAAGUUCUACCAUUUCUAUUCCAAGCCUUCGUGCACUAGUUUUAACUUCCAUGGUUAUUAAAAACUCUAUCACCCUGGCUAAUUCAGAUAACUUAAGUGACAUCUCCAGCACUGUUAAUGUUAAUGAAUUUUGCUUAUUAGUAACUUGGAUCAUUAUACAGUUGAGAGUGAUAUUUUAUUCCACUACUAAUGAUCAAUUCUACAAUUUAAAAUUAAAAGUUUUUUGUAUCACUAUAAUGAUACAAAAUAGGCCAUAAAACAACUUGCCGAAGAACACUACGGCUGUAUCAGGUAAUGUAUAGAAGCUAUAAACGAAAUUUUGAAAUAACCAAAUAUUUGCACAAAUUUCACUUUCCCAUUGAAGCUAUUGAAAACUAGUUCGGAUUUUUUUUCAAUCCGCUAUUAUUUUUUACAUUCUAGUGAAACAACAAGCAAAUAAAUAAUACCAUGAUUUUUAGAUUUCACUGUUUU